UGUUGUCAACAAACGGAGAACGCUAAACGUUAAACCAAAUUAAUCGUCUGAAGUCUUUACUUAUUUUUGCUAACGCCCUCUUCAUAUUGCAGUAUUAUUUUGCUUCAGUUUGCAUCACGAAAGACGAAGGCUCAGCUUUAUAUAAAUUUAGUUGGUUUAGAUCACACAAGAUAUUAUUUUCAGAGUACUUGUAUUGUAAAUUUUUAGUAAAAAAUUAACAAGUAAAUUUCAAGAUGCUUAGUGGAAUUGCAAGCUUCCUCUUUGGUUCUAAUGAUGAUGAGGUACUGAACGCUCAGCAGAUGGACCUAACCGAAGCUGAUGAUGAAUGGGUUCUGGUGGACGUUACCAAUGUGAGAAGAAGUCCAAGAAUUAGUCGUGAUUCAUCACCUGCAAAGGAGAAUCUAGGUGACCGAGGUGCAGCACCCUCGGACGCAAUACCAAUACCCGGGGAGGAGAGUUGGUUUAUGACACCUCCACCCUGUUUUAAUGCGGGCUCACCGGGACAUAUCGCAACGAGCCCCAUGGAAAAUCUUUUAAUUGAACAUCCUAGUAUGUCUGUAUAUCACAGUUCCACUUCACGUGAGGUGCACUGUCGUGUAGGAAACUCCCGUCAACCAAUUCGCAAACAUAAACUGCGAGUAAGAACUGUCCAUCAGCCCAAGCGGGCUGCAGCAAUCGCAGACCGGCUCGGUAUCGAACAAUCACACAGCGCGGCACUGGUUCACGCUAGGAAAAUAGAGAACAAGCAGUUUAGCAAAUCUUUAUCACGUUCAAAAGUUGAGCGAGCUAAUAAAGCUUAUCAUCAGGAAUCAACUGGAAAACGCCACUAUCGUCAGAAUAAACAGGGAAAGCAUACUAAAGCCAUCUACAAGCAGUGUUGAUGACGUCCUCAACCUUCUCGCUUGCCACUUCAGUUUGAUGUGUUGCUUUCACUGUGUGUCAACAACUUAUUUAUGAAUAUUUCUAUGUAUUUUGUAUUAACAAACCUUAAAUUCACCCCAAGAAUUAUUAUCUAAUAUUAACAAUUAUAGAAUUUGGGUUGUUUAUUCUUCUGAUAGGACUACUUUGUAGGUUAAAUUGUUUAUUAAAUUCUGUUUGUGUGUGUGUAAAAUAUCAAACUGCAUUGUGAAUAAAACUUUCACUGUAGCUCUGUACUCAGUCAUCUAUGACCAAACAAUAUCAUAUUUAAUGUGUAAAAUAUUCAAAUAGAGAUUAAUAUUUAUAUUUUCAUAAGAGACAGAAUGCUUGAGAUGAAAUGAGAGAAUGAAAAAAAUAUUGAACAAUUCAUGUUGCAACAAGAGUUUGUGUGUUUUUAUUUUAACUACUUUGCUUUGAAAUUUUAAGUUUACAAUAUGAAGUGCGAUUCAGUAGGGAACUAUUAAUUAUUAAAAAAUGAUAGAAAAUGCAGUAUUGUGUAAUUAAAAUAUAUCUCAACAUCGCAUUAUUAUAAUUUGAGAUGUUAGCACUGCAGCUGUAAUUAUAGAGAUGUAUGUUUUAUGUUAUAAUGACUUUACAAAGCUGCAUAAGGAAGCGUUCAGACGAUUAGAUGGACAAUAUUUUUUUUCAUCAAUUUUCCCGUCACUUUUUCUAAAGAGUAAUGAAAUAAAAACUUGAAUAAUAUGAUAUUAUGUACUGGCCUAGUAAUGGUUACCAUGACAGAAUGAUCGUAAAAGUUUUUAUGGAGCUAGAAUACAUAAUUUAAAUAUUUUCUGCUUGUAAUGAUUCUCACUCGAACAGAUAUCACCUAAUAAUACAAUGACAGUAAAGAUUAUCAUAUAUUUUUUUAUCAGUUUAUUGUUGAUAAAACAUGUUGCACACUUGUAUUUUCCACAAGGUUAUCACUUCCACUUUUACUUCCCUGUUGAGAAUGUCGGUAAUCUUAUGUCAAUAUAACUUAAGAUAAAGUAAAAAUAGAAUAUCUGUUUCAUUGUUUAAAAAGACGGCUAUACUACACUGAUACAACUGAUAACUAAACUGUUAUUAGAUGGGAUUGAUAUUUUUUUUUUAAUCUGCAAGAUUUUUCGUGAUUGUUGUUGCUUCCCAUCUUAACAUAUCCAUCCAUAGUCCAUGUGGGCACCUAUGUUGAAACCAUAAAGUACUCUACAAAACAUUUCUACAAUCUGUUGAUAUAUCUAGUAUCAUACAUUAGUUAGUUUUUGUGCAUAUUUGUUUACAUAGGUAAAAGUAUAGAUGAACCAGCACAUAGCUAUUAUAGCUGCACUAUUGUUUGUCUCUAUUCGAUAUUAUAUGAAGCAAUAAAUAAUUAGAUACUAGAUAACAACAACGCAAAGGUAGUAGCACCAAUUUAGUGAGGUAGCAAUACAAAAAUAGCGUGACUAAGUUAGCGACACUAAAGUAUUACUAAGUUGUCGUGGCAGCAACACUGAUGCAGCAUCAUGGUGAUAUUUUCACAGUUUAGAAUAUCGCAUAUAUUUCACCUCUUGGUUACAAUUUUUACAAUGGUGCCAGUUGGCUAUUCAAAUUUGAAUAUUAUAUGUCAUUAAGCUACUAAAUUCAUAAUUAAAUUAAAAAAAUAAAUGUUAAUCGAAAAAUUAUAAAUAAUUCUUGGAAUGUAUGUAGUAAUUAAUUGUAACUUAAGAUUAUUUCAAAGCUAUAAAUAAAUUCAUGCUUCUGCAAUUUAUUUUUUAUAACAAGGAAAAGUAUUGUUCUAAAUGUUCAGGUAGAGAAAAGGUUGAGAAAAACAAUUCUCGGAUUUGAAAUUCAAAAGCAUAUUUAGUAUUAUGAAAUAAUAUAAAUUUUUAUCAUAUUUCUGUGUAAAACCUUAUAAAGCCCUGUCUACACUAUCAAAUUUUAUGCGACAAAUGUGUGUGAUGUGCCCAUAUAUAGGCAUGAUGAUGUCAUCUUACACCCAAAUAUGGGCAUAUCAUAUUUAUUAGUGUAUUAGUAAAAAUUGAAAAAUUACUUAAUACUGCUGAUGAUGUAGAAAAUUUGAAGGUUAAAUCUGUUCCACGAACUGGUUAGAACUUGUGUAUGUCUUCUAGUGUUAAGGUGAAAAACUCUGUCAUAUGACGUUAGUUAUUCCACCGGUAAUUUCAUACAGUUUAUCACCUAACCAUUAUUCCCUGUUAGUCAACUGCCAAAGAACAAUUCGUAUCUGUGCCAGGCAGUUGGACUCCAUAAUGGCAUUCUUCAUUGUAACAGCUUUUCACAGUUAUAAAUAUUUACUAUAGCUUGAAUUCAUUGAUGCAUUUGAAUUCAAUUGUUUCUCAUUGAUAAAUUUGUUAUUCUUUGGUUUAUAAUAAAAAGUCCUGGUUAAGCAUUAAUACAUUUCUGGAACAUAACACUACUACAGUAUUUAUUCUAUACUGUACAUAUUUUUACAAUACUACCCUAUUAUGGGAUAUUAAUUAUUUAUUCAUGAAUAUGCAUGUAGUAAUAAAUACAUCAUAAUAAUUUAUUUGGCAUUAUUUAAGUUCGUUAACUACAACAGCCCAAAGAUAAUCUGCGCUCAAUACACCAACAAAACCUUUAUGGUGUAAGAACAUAAUUAUAGCAUUAAUGAUUAUUCUAUAAUUUAUCCUAAAUCGCACUAUAAUGGAAUAUUCAUUAUUUUUCAUGAAUAUGCAUGUUUAAAUGAAUACAUUAAAUAAUAAUAAUUUAUUUGGCGUUAAUGUGCGAAAAAUAAAAUUAUAAUAUUCAGCUAUGUAAAAAAUUCAAAAGUCCAAAAAUAUUCUGCACACACUACACCGACUAUAAUUCCUAUUUAUUGGAAAUUGAUUAAAUUAUCUGUUCUUAUCAAUUUUUUUUUUUUUUAUAAAAUUUAUGAAUAUACUUUAAUAAUGUUUACACUAAUAGACAAGAUAGGACUACUAAUGAAACAACACUGUACUAUUUAUGCUAUUAAACUAUACACAACCCUAUUAUGGGAUAUUAAUUAUUUAUUCAUGAAUAUGCAUAUUUAAUAAUAAAAAUAGACAGACUUGUAGUCUAUCCAACAUUCAGGUGGGAAGUGAGAAAAUACAUCAUAAUAAUAAUAUUUAAUUGACAUUAAUUAAAUAUAUUUAUAACUCAAAAUGCUGUCAAAAGAGGAUGAUUAAUAUAAAUAAAUUAUUUAUUCACAAAAAUGACAAUAGUUAAGUUAUACUUAGAUGCCACAGAAUUCUUUGCAUUAUAUAAUAUUAAUCAUUAUUAUUAUUGUUGUUAUUAAUUAUUAUUAAAUCGGAUAUUUGAAAAUUAUGAUAUAGAUACUUACUUUCACAAAAAUGACAAUAGUUGUAGAUACCACAGAAUUCUUUGCAUUAUAUAAUAUGAAUUAAAAUUAUUAAAUCUCAUAUUUUAAAAUUAUGAUAUAAAUAAAUACUUUCAUGGCUCACUACCAAAUCUUUAAACUAAUAAUAGAUUCAAACUAGCGUGUGUGUUUAUGUUGAGUUUGUGUUAAUGGAUUAUUUACAACUGUCGUUCAACCAUGAUAUCAAAGUUAUGGCCAUGUCUACCUGUAGUCUAUCUGUCAAUUUAGUUACAGUUCUAUUGUCAACAUCACUCAUUUGCCUGUGCCAAUUGUGUUGAACUUUGAACUUAGAAAAGAUGGGUAAAGUGUCAAACUCGGCUCAAUAGUAGCCCUAGAUAGAUUGGUAAUACUAAUAUUAGUUUGAAAUGUAAAGUUAGUAAGAAAUAUAAACAUAAUAAAUACUGCAAUGUUUUAAUUGCAAUUAAAUAUUAUGAAUUUAAAAAAAUUCCAAUGCACUAUUGAUUAAACUACUACCACUAAAAUGUUGUUUUCCUGUUUAAAAAAAUCUUUGUUGUUAAAUUUGUAGGUAUGGAUGGAUGUUGAUAGUUAGAAUAUGUAAGACAUUUGUAUAGUGAAUUGAAUUGGCAUAUUGCCAAUUUACUUAAUGAAAAGGUAUAUAAAUAUUGAAGAAGUUUCCAUGUAAUUUGACUGGUUGUUUAACACCUGGAAAAAUGAUUUGUACAAAUUAAAGUGAUGAAUAUUGGAAACUUUUUGAACUGGUAGUUGAAAUAAUUAGAUAUGUAAUAAUUUCUGAUGAACGAAUCUGCGGGGUAAACAGUAAUUCUUAAAAUCUUUGAAUAAGACUUUGGAUUUGCAAAUAUAUAAAAUGAAAUGUGAUGAAAAUAAUCAACAAAGAAAGUUGAUCUGUGACAGAUCUUGCACACAUUCCUAAAAAUAACUAAAUAAAUUUGAUAAUGGAUAUAACUCAUUAUAAGUCAUUUAUAAUAAUCUUUAAUCAAUACUCAUUUACAUGAACUGUUGAUUUUUUUCAAAUUCUGUUAAUUUAGGCCAAUUUGGAGUGGAGUUGAAUAGAUUAGUGGUUAAGAUGCUUGUCUUCUAAACCAGGGUCCUGGAUUCCAUUCCUGUUGCAGUAGGACUUUUCACACAACUCCCCUCCCUUGGCCUGGAUAAGAGACUUGGUAUAUAAAGAAUCGUUCCAUCCUGUAAUUGGCAAGCUUACUUGCUGUUGGAUGUGAAGAAAAUAAAAAGUAUAUCUUUUUUUUUGCAAAAAUAUAUUUUGCAUCUGUAUACUAUAUUAUUUAUUAUUAUUCAUAUUUAUUAUCAACGAUAUUACAACUACUAUUGUUACUACUACUUAUACUAUUGUAAUUAUUCUUUUUUUAGUGAUUACUAAGUCUAUUCUGUUAUUAUUGCUAUUAUAAUAUUAAUAUUUUUAUUAAUAUUAUGCUAAACUCAUAAAUGUAGUGUACAACUUUGAAGAAAAAAUAUUACUAGUUGUAUUUAUCAACAUUACUUUAUUAAGCUAAAUAUUUAAAAAAAUGUUUCUCAUCCUUAAGGUUUUUUUGGAGAAGGGGCACCCCCUUCUUUUACUUUCACAGGACAAAACACCAAUAAAAACCUGUAUAAAUACAAACAUCAACUUAAGCAAUUAGUAUAAUUAUGGUAUAGAGUGUGGCUGGCCUAGACCUAGAUACGGUCAGGUCAGGGUUCUAAGUUGGGACAAGGGCUAUUUCCUCGGGAUCUGCUUGUAAUGAGUUAUUUUAAUGUUGCUGUACGCGGUGACUGAUCGCUAGCUCAUAUCAGGGGAGACAGUUGACAGUAGCAAAAACUUGCAAAACAACAUCAUGAAUACGCAGCCCGGAUGAGUUAAUUUCCAGCAGUCUUUUGCUUGCUCAUACGAAAGUCCAGCAACUUGCUGGAGAUUUGGACCCCUGUCAUGUUUGGUGGUCAUUUUUUGUGAAAAAGGGACAAAGGGCCUCAUUUUCUCUUUAAAAAAAACAUAGAUGAGAAACAUUUUAAUUUUUUUAUUUGGCCUUUAUUUAUUUUAUUUUUUUUAAAGAAGUGUUUGAGAGUGCAGUAUUAUGGGAUAGCUGACAGUUUUUAUUAGAUUUGUUUGGGACAAUUUUGGGAAAAUAACAAAAAAAAAAACCAAAGCAACAUUUUGUUAACUACUGUAUAAUCCUAGUAUUCGCAGCAGUUUUUCUGCUCACAAUUGCUAACAGUUUUAGUCGGAGGUGGUGGAUGGUAUUCAGAAAUAGUUCUAGAAUUGUUUGAACAGUUUAAAAAAAAACUCAGAAAAUUCAGUUGACAAAGUCUGACCAUUGUAGGAACAAUUUCAAUAAAAAUGCAUUAGAUAAUAACUACUGCAUGUUAUACAAGCCAGGCUUUUCGGAUUAUCCAUCUGUCCGACUCUACAAUGUGUUUGAUAUGCAUGCUUUGUCUGAUCAGAUUUAUUUGAAACAAGCCGAGACUAUCGGAUAAAGUCUGGAUAAACAUGUUGAGCCUUGCAAAUAAAAUCUAAAGCUCUGUCCAUACUAUCAAAUUUUCUUUGACAAAAAUCUGUUGUAUGCCCAUAUAUAGACAUGAUGUGCCCAUAUAUAGUCAUGAUGUGCCUAUAUAUGGUCAUGAUUUGUCAACAUGACAAUAUUUAGGCAUGUCACAUGUUUUUGUCAAAUAAAAUUCGAUAGAGGACUUUACAAUGAACUGUAGAGUUAUUGCAAGAAAAUUGUUUGCAACUUAAGGUUUUACUGUACCAGCCAUCAGCAGCAGCAACAAAUAUUUACGAUCAUUUAAUGUCAACUAUUACUAAGUAAGCAAUUUCACUUGCUUGUUUUGUCAUCAGGAACCUGAUGAAUUAACUUGAAUUCAUUGUUAAAAAUUUACAGCACAAUUACGAUAUAUGAAUUGUUAUUAGCUAAUUAUUACUAUAUUACCUUUAUUGGAGAGUGUUGUAUGCAUUGUCAUUUUUUCCUCUUGUUUAGAUUAUUCAAAAUGCAAUCUUUAAAAAAAUUGUGAUCUAAAUAAAAUCUUACGGAUCAGA